AAUGUUACCAAAAGAUUUGGUGUGGUUCUUUUUUUUAAAUCAAAUUAUAAAAAUGGUUUUAAAAAAAAUCUAAACCAAACCAAAUCAACGGAAUUAAGUGAUAUUACACAACAGAUUCUACAAUCCGUUUACAUUCCCGGAUGGAGGUUUUUACCUACAAAGAGGAAUAGGAGAUUGAAAGAGAUUGACAAUGAAAUACGAGCCUUACUUAUGUGCAUCAUUAAGAAUAGAGAGAAGGAGAUGAAAAGAAGUGAAGCUGUAAAGAAUGACUUACUGGGUUUACUCAUGCAAUCUAGUUAUAGAGAAAUUGAAGAGCAUGGAAACAACAGAAAUGGUGGAAUGACAAUGGAUGAAGUGAUUGAAGAGUGUGAGCUAUUUUACUUUGCUGGUCAAGAGACCACCUCCGUUUUGCUUGUAUGGACUUUGGUUUUAUUGAGUAAGCAUCAAGAUAGGCAAGCUCGUGCAAGAGAAGAGGUUUUUCAAGUCUUUGGAGAUAACAAGCCUAACUAUGAUGAGCUCCAAAAGCUUGGUAUAGUGACAAUGAUAUUGUUCGAAGUACUAAGGCUAUAUCCACCAAGUGUUAUGACUCUUAGGGCUGUUAACCAGGAAACAAAACUUGGAAACUUGUGGUUACCAGCUGGUGUGGAGAUCACCUUGCCGAUUGUCCUCGUUCACCAUGAUCAGGAACAUUGGGGUGAAGAUGCAUUGGAGUUUAAACCAGAAAGGUUUUCAGAGGGAAUUUCCAAGGCAACAAAGAAUCAAGUUUCAUUUAUCCCUUUUGGAUGGGGUCCUCGGAUAUGCAUUGGACAAAACUUUGCGCUGAUGGAGGCAAAAAUGGCUUUGGGGUUGAUUCUAAAAAACUUCACAUUUGAGUUAUCUCCAUCCUAUGUUCAUGCUCCCAAUUAUAUUUUUGUUGUGCAUCCAGAACACAGUGCCCACUUGAUUUUGAAGAAACUAUAG